AUCCGGCAGUCCUGUUUCGCUUACCGGACCAAGUGGAAAGUGGCGUUCCGAAGUUGUUGGGAUAAAACUUGGCAACACCUGGCGGGAAGUUAGCCGCUGCUGUUCUAGUUCUUUUUUAGUGCCGUGUGCUCCGGAAAGAAGUAUUUUCUCUCACUUUCCCGGAUUUGCCCGGAUUCGAUUCGGGAAAAAAGGAAAUGUGUCGAAAGUUUUCUUCGGAGUGGGUUAGAAUGUUUGGAAUUCUUUUUCUGACACUCCAUUGGUGGGUGAUAACCACGUGUGAUGGAAAAUCCUACGGUGGCAUCGAAAGAGGAGAACCCCAAGAAAGACACACCGUUCUCUCAGGUGGUAAAGUGUCUCUGCCCUGUGAUAUAAUCUCCCCAAUGAUUGGAGAUGAGGUGUACCUGGUACUAUGGUACAAGGGAGAUAUUGCCACACCGAUCUACAGCUUCGAUGCUAGAAGAGGUCAUGUGGGUCAGGCCAGACAUUCCUCCAGUGAUCUACUGUCCCGAAGGGCCUACUUCAACACCAUCCCGAGGCCAGCUGUUUUGGAAAUAUCUCCUGUUGGCCCUGAAGAUGAAGGCGAAUAUAGGUGUAGAGUGGACUUCAGGAAGGCACAGACAAGAAAUUAUCAGAUAGCUGUCAAAGUGUUAGUACCUCCUGGAAAGCCAGAAAUCAGAGACAAUCUUGGAAAAAAUGUGCAGGGCGUUAUACGAACUUAUAAUGAAGGUGAUUCUCUCUACCUGGUUUGUGAAAGUCAAGGAGGGAAACCACCUCCAGUCCUGACAUGGUGGAGAGGUCCGGCACUCAUCGACGAUACUUUUGAAGUAGUCACGUCGUCACUCUUUGUCCGGAAUGAGCUUCAACUGGAGACAUUGACCCGAAGGGACCUCAUGGCCGAACUGACGUGUCAAGCGUCCAACAAUAACGUAUCCGCCCCGGUUAAGAGUUCCGUGUCCCUGGACCUUAACUUUCGACCUUUACUGGUGAAAAUCGCUGGUCCUCGACAGCCUUUUUCAGCUGGGACUCGGGUCCAGCUAAAAUGCAGCAGCCAAGGGUCACGUCCUCCAGCCACCAUUACUUGGAAAAAGGCGGGGUCGAAUUUCAAGAAUCCUCAAGAAGAAGUGGUCACUGGCGGAAAUGCAACUGUUAGUGUCUUCUUCUUCACUCCGACGCCAGAGGAUCAUGGACAUUACGUCACAUGCAGAGCGGAGAAUCCACUCAUACCUGGAAGUGGCAUAGAGGACAAGUGGAAAAUGGAAGUUCACUUCGUCCCUCAACUGAAUCUCCGUUUGGGAAGCAAGUUGCGACACUCGAAUAUUCUGGAAGGUAAUGAUGUUUAUUUCGAAUGCAAUAUCAAAGCUUCUCCAUGGGUGCAUGAAACUGGCUGGCGGUUCGAAGGACAGGAACUGGUCACCAAUAUUUCGGCUGGGGUCAUUGUCAGCAAUCAGUCGCUGGUUCUGCAGAAAGUCCAAAGAAGAAACAGAGGAAGGUACAGCUGUACAGGAACGAACAGCGAAGGACAAGGGGAAAGCAAUCAUGUAUAUCUCAGAGUGCAAUUUGCUCCCGUAUGCAAGAGUGGUCAGCAAACAGUCUAUGGCGCAAUGCUGCAUUUUCCAGUGGAGAUUGCUUGCGAAGUGGAGGCUGAUCCUGACGAGGUUAGCUUCCGCUGGGAGUUCAACAGUUCCUUCGGGACCCUCGAGCUCGUGCCCACUGUGACCAAUGGCCGCAAGAGUGUUGUCCACUACAUCCCGAGGUCGGAGCAGGACUACGGCACCCUCUCCUGUUGGGGAAAGAACCGAGUGGGACUGCAAAGGAUGCCCUGCCUCUUCGUUGUGAUACCUGCAGAGCCCCCAUCGGCAGUUCAUAAUUGUAGCGUUGGCCAAGAAACUGAACAUUUCUUUCGUGUGUCAUGUUAUGAAGGCAAGGACGGGGGCCUCAAUCAGUAUUUUCAUGCAGAAGUCCGAGCGCCGGACUCCUCCCUUUUAUUCAAUCUCUCUUCUCAGACUGCGGAUUUCGCUAUCAGGGGCCUCAGUCCUGGGACAUACUACACCAUUACGCUGUACGCAGUGAAUGCUAAAGGUCGUAGCACACCACUCGUCAUCAAGGCUUCAACUCUAUCUACUCCGGAGAGUCAAACAAGAAGAGAGGACGUCUGGGAAUUGAGCCUGAGUCCCAUUCUGCUAAUCCUUUUUGCUGUCAUCGGAGGAAUAGUCCUCGUCGCGUUCUCUAUUAUCCUGUACCUCAAGUUCCAGGGAAGGAGGAACAUCGCUAAAGGAAGCACACAGUCAGAAGAAAAGAAGCCGACAACAUGCCCCGAAGGAGAACACAAGAGUUUCAAUCACUGUUUGUGUGAGCACAGAGAAGAAGAACAACUCAAACACUUUACGCCAGAUAGUUAUGUCAUAAUAGAAAACAGCAAACCCGAUGUCACUGGCGAAGCAACAGCUAAAACAGAAAGUGUCUAUUGGAAAAAAUUGUCUUUAAGUGCGUCAAAUAGCGAAAAUUUUAACAAUCCAAGAUUAAAAAUUAAGCUUCCUCUUCAAACCGAAUUGGAGACGCCGGACAUCGAGCGAACGCGCACCUUCGUAGCCAGUCCGACGGAGAGCUUUUGCCACAGCAGCGCAGCGGUCAUCGUCAAGCAGCGGACGUCUCCAGAUGACCGCAGCCCCUCGUCUGUGAGCAUAGCCAUCCGGCACACAGAUGUCUAGCCCCUUCUCCAAACAUGCAGUGCCAAAGAUGAAGGGACGCCACUAUAACAUGCACUCAGAAAGGACGUGAAGUCUACAGACUGUAUAGGAAAGCAGAAUCGACAACCACGACAUAAACAGAAAGACCAAGAAUUUGUGAUACCAAAAUUCGGAACUCCAACUUUGGAGACCUUUGAAGCUGAGCUUUGAAGAAGUCUGCCUUGAGUUCGAGCUGAUAUCUGGGUGCUUACAUUUAGCUACAAAACUGAAAACCAAAACAAAAUUGUUAUAUCUUUAGAAACACUCCUAAAGUAUCUUUCCAUGUUUUUCUUCUCUGACAGAAGUAAACAAAACAAUUACAAAUAUUUCAUUAGUUCAUUUUUAAUUCAUUUUACGAUUUUUCUAAGAUUCUUCAUCGGAAAUUUCACCAUUUGCUCAUUGAUAUAUCAUAUGUAUGGAAGCUCUCCUUUAAGUGGUUAAACUAUCAAGAUAACACUUUGAACUUAAGCGAAUCAGUAUAAAUUGUAAUGUCUUGUCUCGAGCUAUAUCCCUUAUGCGAAUUCCAGAAAAACAACUGUAGAGUUUUGUGUUUCUUCUGAAUACAAUCAUUUUGAAGAGAAAGGAAAAACUGUCUGCACUCUCUUCUGUGUCUACAGGAAUAACAAUUGAUUUGAUUUAUCUUUUCUGAACGAUAACUGAACUGUGAAUGUCUGCACUUCAUUUUUAAUUGAACCAUAAUACAUGGCUGUUGGCUUAAAUCUACUGCAAGUAUAUAAAUAAAUAAGUGUAUUUAAGGAACUAACAGUGAAUUAUACCAUUCUAAACAACCAUGUUGUCGAUGUAUUAAGAGUUUAAAAGACGAAUCUUAAGAAAUGUAAUAAUGAAAAUGGAGAUCAAAUAUAUAUAUUUGUAAAUUCGUUCACUGCAUGUUUUUGUAACGUGUCUGAUAGUCUAUUUAUUCCCCAAAGUGUGUAAAAUGGCAGUUGAAUCGAAACAAGCAACUCGAGUGAUAGUGAAAAAUGGCACGAAGUGAUUUUCAUUGGAAUUUUAUUUUUCAACAAUCGUUGUUUUUCUUGA